AUGAGGAAUUACUCAGUUGUGACCGAAUUCUUUCUGAUGGGGCUUUCUCAAUACCCAGAACUCCAGACUUUACUGUUUGUGAUCUGUCUCAUCAUGUACAUGAUAAUCCUCCUGGGAAACAGCCUUCUGAUUCUCAUCAGUAUCCUGGAUUCUCAUCUCCACACCCCCAUGUACUUCUUCCUUGGGAACCUCUCAUUCUUGGACAUCUGCUACACAUCCUCAUCCAUUCCCAUAAUUCUGGUUAUGUUUGUAACUAAGCAAAAAUCUAUAUCUUUUAUUGGAUGUGCUCUACAGAUGGUUAUCUCCCUGGGGUUGGGCUGCACUGAAUGUAUCCUGCUUGCUGUGAUGGCCAUUGACAGAUACGUGGCCAUCUGCAACCCACUGAGAUACCACGUCAUCAUGAACAAGCUGCUGUAUACGCACAUGGCCGCAUGGUCCUGGAUCACAGGAUGUCUGAUCUCUUUACUGCAAACAGUCAUGGCAAUGACCUUGUCUUUCUGUGGUAACAAUAUUAUUGAUCAUAUUACCUGUGAGAUCUUGGCCCUCCUUAAACUUGCCUGCUCAGAUAUUACUGUAAAUGUGUUUGUGAUGACACUGGCAAAUAUUGUUCUACUGGUGAUCCCUCUAUUAUUAAUUUUCAUCUCUUAUGUGUUUAUUCUCUCUUCCAUCCUGAGAAUUAAUUCUGCAGAAGGGAGAAAGAAAGCCUUUUCUACCUGUUCGGCGCACCUCACUGUGGUCCUCAUGUUUUAUGGCUCAGCCCUUUUUAUGUACAUGAAGCCCAAGUCCAAGGACACAAAAGUUUCUGACGAAAUCAUUGGACUCUCUUAUGGAGUGGUAACCCCUAUGUUAAACCCCAUCAUCUAUAGCUUGAGGAAUAAAGAGGUGAAAGAAGCUGUGAAAAGGAUCUUGAGCAGACAUCUACACUUGUUGAAAACAUGA